CCCACCCACUGGGCCUCCAUUAUUGCCAAUUUGCAAUUAUAAAAAUCACAAUAAUUCACCAUAUUCGAAUUCCCAUUUUACCCUCGAUCUCCCACCAUUAAUUAUUUAUAAACUUUACAAAAAGAAAAGGAGAAAAUCGCACUCCUCAAUUUCAACCCUUUUCUCCUUCACCUCUCUAUUAUCAAAUACUUAUUAAUUAACAAAAGCAAAGACGACUCUGUAUCUCUCUCUCUCUCCCAUGGAGCAAGUUGAAGAUGCGAUUCCAACAACGGGAACAUCAGAAUCAUCUACAGCGGAGCCGCCUAGCGCUCACCACACACUAGUUCCGCCAGGGCUGACACCGGAGGAGUUCGAAGAUCUCAAACCGGCGGUGGCGGAAUUCCAUAAUUACAGGGUCAACGCCGGCCAAUGCUCCUCCAUACUGGCGCAGCGCGUGCACGCGCCGCCACAGGACGUCUGGUCCAUCGUCCGCCACUUCGACAAGCCGCAGACGUACAAGCACUUCAUCAAGAGCUGCAGUGUGCGGGAGGGCUUCAGCGUGCGCGUCGGCGAGCUGCGCGACGUCAGCGUCAUAUCGGGGCUGCCGGCCGCCACCAGCACCGAGCGGCUCGACAUCCUCGACGACGAGCGGCGCGUGACCGGCUUCAGCAUCAUCGGCGGGGACCACCGCCUGCGGAACUACCGCUCGGUGACUUCCGUGCACGAGCUCCCCGGCGGCGGCGGCGGCGGGAUCUCCACCAUCGUGCUGGAAUCGUACGCGGUGGACGUGCCGGAGGGGAACACGGAGGAGGACACGCGCCUCUUCGCCGACACCGUCGUGAAGCUCAACCUCCAGAAGCUCGCCUCCGUCGCCGAAGCUAGGGCAACCAUCGAUUGAAUUUUACAGGUAAAUUAAAUUCCUAUUCUGUCCUUUGUAGAUGCCCUAAGUCAUGUGAUAUGCACGACUGCAGUAGCUAUCUACGCUUGAUUUGCACACAAUUUCUGCAAUUCCAAAUCUGGAAAUAAAGAUGAAAAAAAGUGUAAGAAAAGGGACUUAAUAUUGGGGGUUUUUGUUUGAAAAAACUAGUUCCAUCCAUCUGUUUCUUUUGUUCUUUGAUUGUUGUGUGAAUUUUGAUCUUUGGUGGAAUAAUUGGCGCUUCAAAACUACUUCUUCCAAAGUGGAAAAACAUUGGAAGAACAUUUGUAAUUGUAAUAUUGGCGAUUGGAGCAAAUGAAAUUGGAGAAUUUGAGGCGGUCUACAUCAA